AGAAGCGUCGCCAUUUUAAGAGAAUGAGUUUCAUUUCACAUCGCAACUGUAGGACGGAGAACCUCAGGAACGUUUUCAACCUGUUUCUCUUUUAAACUGUUAGUGGGGAAUUGACUACAAUGAACUGAAUCUCUUCCUAAUGCCAAUCAACAAGUAGAUCAAAGUCAAGUAACGCAUAAGACAGUUGAUUUUUUGCACUGAAUGUAGUACGUUAGAGGAAAUGGCUGUGGAAAGCAUGACUGUCCAUCCAAACUCCCCAACAGCCAACCACGAACACAACAGCCUUCUCACUGACGAAAGGCAAGAAGAUGGGGAAUUGGAAGAAGGUGAGUUGGAGGAUGAUGGUGGAGAGGCAGAGGUGCCCAGUGGAGAGGUGGCUGAUCCCCAGGAUAAACCUCGCCACAGCAAGGAGCACCAUGCCAGUGAAUCAAACGAUGAUGAAAAGUCACAUCGGCGCAGGAGAAAGAGAAAGAGGGAGCGAGAGCGUGAAAAAGAAAAAAGGAGGGCCAAGAAAAAGCGUAAAUCAAAGCACAAGCGUCACCAGUCAUCCAGUGAUGAGUACUCGGACUACAGUGACGAAUCAGAUUACAGUCCCUCUGAAAAGAGGAAGUACAGGGAAUACAGCCCUCCAUAUCCCCCCUCUUCUCAAGGAGGCUACUCUUCUGCACCCUCUGGUCAUGGAGGUCCCAUGUCAAAGAAAGGUGGCUAUAUGAAGAUGGAUAAGCAGGGCUAUGGUGGCUAUGAUGACUACGAGGAGGAAACAUAUGAAGGUGAAGAUGAUGAGGACAUGGGUGAUGAUGACUAUGAUGACUUCGCCAAGGAGCUGAACCAGUACCGCAAGGCCAAAGAGGUUGGAGGUCCACGUGGCAGAGGUGGCAAAAACCGCAUGAAGAACCUGAGAGGUCGAGGCAGAGGAGGAAUGCGGGGACGUGGUGGAAGAGGAGGUGGCAGAGGGAGAGGACGAGGCAAAAUGGGUGGAGAGAAUGAAGAUGGUGAUGGCAUGUAUGGAGAUGAUAUGGAGUAUGGAGAUGAGGACUAUGACAACAUGGGAGAGGAUGACUAUGAUGACUACUCAAAAGAACUAAACCAAUACAGGAAAACGAAAGACAGAGGGCGGGGUGGAAAAGGUGGGCGAGGUCGUGGCAGAGGGAAAGGAGCUCGAGGAAUGAAUCGGGGAAGAGGGAGGAAUCGAGGAAGGGGCCGUGGAGGUGACCAAGGUCCUGAUGAUGACAACAGCGGAGAUAAGGACAUGGAUGGAUCUGGUGCCCCAAGAAGGAAUGAUCAGGAGAAACAUGGGCCAGAGAAGAAGGGAAAAGCUAUUUGCAAAUACUACAUUGAGGGUCGCUGCACAUGGGGUGACCACUGUAAUUUCAGCCAUGACAUUGAGUUGCCCAAGAAGAAAGAACUAUGCAAGUUCUACAUCACUGGCUUCUGUGCACGAGCAGAAAAUUGUCCCUACAUGCAUGGUGAUUUCCCUUGCAAGCUGUUCCAUACCACAGGGAACUGUGUGAAUGGUGAGGAGUGCAUGUUCUCCCAUGACUCCUUAACAGAAGAUACUCAAGAGCUGCUGGAUAAGAUGCUGGCAGAGGAUGCAGAAGCUGGUGCAGAAGAUGAGAAAGAGGUUGAGGAACUGAAAAAGCAAGGCAUUAACCCUCUUCCUAAACCACCCCCUGGUGUUGGUCUUCUCCCAACUCCACCAAGACCUUCCCCAGGGGAUUCUUCAACGCCCAUGGAGUUUGGAAUGCCUAGUGCCCCACAUGGCAACAUCCCUCCAAGUGGUCCACCGGCCCCAGGCCCUGGUGCUGGGCCUGUUCCUGGACCUGGUCCUGGAGUUGGGCCCUGCCCAGGCCCCCCUCCUCCCUGCCCAGAUGGAGGCACCUUCCAAGGGCCUCCUCCAACUGGCCCUCCACCUCCUAUGGGCCCACCACCUGUUUGUGGAGGAAAUGCAGGAAAGAAGAUCCCCUCCUUGUUUGAAAUUGUUGUGAAGCCCACAGGACAGCUUGCACAAAAACUAGGUGUCAGAGGACCAGUUCCUGCCAAUGCUUCUGCAGGCGCUGCAGGACCUCAAGGACCACCUCCAGGUCCCCCAGGUGCACCUCCACCUCGCUUUCCCCCACCACCAGGUCACAUGGGUCCAGGUGGUCCUCAUGAGAGGCCUCCUAUGGGGGCAUCUAAUAUGAAUCAAGGCCCUCCAUCAAUGGGUACAGGACCACCAAUGAUGCAGAACUUUGCCCAGGGUGAAGGACCACCAAACCCAGGCAUGAUGUCUCCAGGUGGUGGAUCUUCUGGCAACAACUUCUAUGAUAACUUCUACCAGCAACAGCAAGCAAUGUCGAUAGAUGGAAGUGGAAGAGACUGUGACAACUUUCAAGGCAUGGGUGGUGGAAACUUCAAUGAUCAGUCACCUGGGAACCACAACUCUGGAAGUAUGGAGAGUGUAGGUAAUGUAGGCCCGUCAAAUCAGACUGGAAUGGCAGUGCCUGAUUUCCUGCCUCCAGCGCAGAGGGUGCUUUUUAUGAGACUCCAGCAGAAGCAGCAGGAGGAUGAGGAGAGAGCCAGGAGGCUGGCUGAUGGAGGAGGAACUGAGAGGGAGAAUGAAGGAGGAGAUUCAGCAAACUGGUAUUCCAGUGAAGAUGAGGAUGGUGGUGGCAGCGUCACUUCAAUUCUGAAAACACUACGACAACAAACCCAGAACCAAGGCCCUGCCAAGCCCGAUGGAGCUCCCAGUGAUCCUCGUCUACAGAAAUCUCAGCCUACACCGGCACCCAGCAGACCAGCAGACCCCAGGUUGGCACGAGAUCCACGUCUAUCCCGCAACACAGACUCUUCUCAGGCACCUGAGGCGUCAUCUUCCCUUUCUCCUACUCCUUCAGACCCCCGUCUUGCCCGACAUGCAGCUGCACAUGCCUCUAAACCCGAGCCACCACUUGUGUACAAACCGCCACCUUUGACCGCUCCAGCCAGCAAUGAGGAAGAGGAGGGUGAAAGGAUGCUGAGGGACAAGCCUGUGCCCAUCCCUCUUGACCCUUUAAUGGGCAUGGCUUUACGCGAUCCCCGCUCACAACUACAGCAGUUCAGCCACAUCAAAAAGGAUGUAGUUCUGCAAAAGCCUUCAUUUUCUAAGGCGGUGCUGUGGAGUCCAGAAGACCUCAUCCCUAUCCCCAUCCCUAAACAAGACUUGCUCCCACUACCCCCUGGCAUCCCACCAGUCACUGCCAUGGAUCCCCGUCUGUCCCGCACACAGCCCCCUCAUCACUCCUCUAUUCUCCCACCUACUGUUGUUCCUCCUCCUGCUCCUGUUGAGCAAUCGAAUCAGUCUUCCUCUUCCCUACCAGACUUUGAGCUGCUCUCCCGCAUCCUCAAAACUGUUAACGCCUCUUCAUCAAGCCCCGUUCAAGGCGCUUCUACAGGAAUCUCGUCACCUCCGUCCGUCUCAUCUGAAAAGCCCAUUGACCCUCGUAUGGCACGGAAAGCCCCUGCAGACCCCCGAUUACAGCCUCAAAAAUCUGCCCUUAAGACCACCUCAGAGCCACUUGUUCCUCAAGGAUCUCCCCCUACUAGCUCCUUAUCUCCACCUUCCUCCAGUCCCACCAUUGCACCCUAUGAUCCUCGGCUGCUAUCAGCAGGAGGCACGGUUCGAAGUGUGGGAUCUGCCAGUGUAGGUAGUAGCGGCAGUGGCACCAGUGUGCUGAGCGGCAUCAGUUUAUACGACCCUCGGAGUCAAGGCUCAGACAAGACAGAGAGUUCAGUGGCUACUAGAAACACUAGUCCUCCCCCUGAGUCCAAAUCAAGCGAAAGUACAACGGCUUCAGCUAAACCUAAGUCUAAAGAGCCGCUGUUUGUGCGCAAGUCUGCACUGGACCAGCCAGAACCAGAGAAGAGCUCGACUGAGCAAACUACAGAUCGCUACAACAGCUACAACCGCCCCCGACCCAAACCUUCACCCUCACCCAAUGCAGGGACUGCCGCAACGCCGGCAGCUACCGGUGGUCCAUCCACAGCUGGUCAAGGCACUACCGCUUCUGCAGAGCAACCCGCAGCGGUCCACAAUCUACCUGUAUCCACACUGUUCACCAUGGUAAAGCAGGUCAACAAGCCAAGCGGCACUGGUAGCCCAUUUGGCGGCAGUAGCCCAGCACAGCCUGAUACGGCUGAACAGGACAAUGCUUCUUUAAAAGACGUUUUCAAAGGCUUUGACCCCACAGCGUCACCAUUUUGCCAGUGAAAGUACUGUGUUGUGCACUGCUUUUUGGACUUGUAGGUGUGCUGCUUCACAGAUAGACGGUAUAUAGAUAACCUCCCAUGCCAGGUUUCACGCCACAGUAUUCACGUAAAGAUUUCUAAUGGACGGUUGGGAUAGGGAGGGAUUAUGUCUGUACAAGUGAUGGAAAGAUGAAAAUUAAAUGUCUAUUUUAAAACCAAAUGAGAAAGUUUAAAUAAAUGUUCAUUUUAAGGACCUCUAUGGGUGGUGUGUAGAUCAGAAGACACAGAAUUGCAUACAUUUUGGCAUUACUAAAGACAGUUAAUUUGAUCAGCAUAUACCAAACAGGUUAGUUGGAUUAAGACCAGCCUGCUUGAGUUUGCCGGCUGACUGACAGCAGAGAGACUUCAUUUACUGCCACUCCCUCUGCGUCCUGUGGAGGAACUGAACGAGUUCCUGUUGUUUAGUGGCACGUUUCAUUUGCUGCCCAUCAAUUAAUCAGAUCCUUUUAAGAAAUUUUAGCUCUGUUUCCGCUCUGCUUAGACUAGUUCGCUCCUUUUUCAUGUCUGUAUGACUGAUCCUUAUAUUCCCAUUGCUACAUAUUUGUGUUUAGUGUGUUGAUGCCACUCCAUGAAUGAGACCUACCAUUGUAUGUUUGACAUGUGAAAUCAUUUUAAUUUAUUUUUUAUACUUAAGCGGUCUGCUCUUUUCUUUUUCUUUGUAACGUGGCUGUCACAUUGAUUCAUUUUAUGAAUGUAUAUAUAUACAUAAAAUAUAAAUAUAUACAUGUGUAUAGUACAUAUUCUUCCCAUCUGGUUUGUAAAUUAACUUGGAAAUGUGCAACAGCUGAUGUUGAUGGUAAAAUAUAUCAUGUCAUUUCUUUAGUUCUCUCACAGUUCUGUCACGCUUUUCCUGGAACAGGUGGUAUGUCUCAAUGACGGCUCUGAAUUUUCCUGAGUUUUGUUUUUUUGGGUUGCCUCUCUGCAAAAUGAUGGCUUUGUAAAUUGAGAAGUGUCCAUAUUUGACAAAAGGUAACAUUUUGUAACCAUUCGUUGUAGGUGAAGUUGUGAAGUAUUUAAUAAACGCAAUACCAGAUUGAAAAUGA